CCUCCCCAUAAUAAUCCGGCUGAGCAGCGUCGCCGUCUUUUCAGCACCACUCACUGACAAUCCAACCAACCGGAGAGGCGAGACAAGCAAAACUGACUUCUCUGCAUCCUUCUGUGGAUUUUCUUUUUUUCCACCAAGAUAACAAAUCAGUACAACUUUUUAUUUCCCCAGUAAAGGAGCAUCUGAUUUUAAUCUACCGACUUCCCACCUGAAAGUAAGAAGUUAGAUUUAUUGGUUUAUUUUUCUAACAGGACCGACCAUGUGGUUGUUGGAUGUAUGAUUUUAUGAUUUUUUUUUUCACUGCGGAUUGUCGUUUGUUUUUUCCAUGUUUGCACUAUAAACUAAGUUUGGUCUUUUUAUUACACUUUGGCAGUCUAGAAACAUGUCCGCAACCACUUGAAUUAAUGAGUUGUUAUUGAAAUAAGUUUGAUUAUUUUACGGGAGACCUCACACGUUCAGUCAGUAAUAGGAGCCUUUGUUUUCCUUAAAUACUUGGAAUUUGUGUAUCUAGUCGGGAUGCUGACUUUAGUGGUUGGACUUUUGUACCUGGUCAGUGGACGCACGGUGCGAAGCCAGGAUGCUACAGGUAGCCGCUUCGUUUGUAACGCUAUUCCCCCGGGCGCAGAGCCGGGCUGCGGGUACGGUCCUACGGGGAACCGUGUCCAGAGCAGCAGCCUUAUGGAAGACGAGCUGCGGAACACCAUCAUCCAGCUCCGGGAGACCAUCCUACAGCAGAAGGAGACCAUCGUGAGCCAGCAGGGGACCAUCAAGGAGCUCAACUCCAAGCUGGCGCGCUGCGAGGCGGCAGCCGAAGAGUCGUCGCAGGGCAAGUCCCGGGGUCAGGGCUCCAGACGGAAGGAGUACGGCAAGAACACCAUGGGGGACCUGCCCCGGGACCCCAGCGAGACCAUAGACCAACUGGGCAAGACCAUGCAGAGUCUCAAGGGUCGGCUGGAGAACUUGGAGCAGCAGAGUUUGCGUCUCCCCAGCACAAAUGUGUCAGCUGGGGGUGUCUCGGCACUGACUCCACUGCCACCAGAGCUGCGGGAGCUGCUGCGGCAGCGUCUGGGGGCGCUGGAGACCCAGCUCCUCCGGAAGGUGGCUGAGCUGGAGGAGGAGAAGAGCCAGCUCUACAAUGAAACAGCAGCCCACCGCCAACGCACCGAGAGCACUCUCAAUUCCCUCCUGGAGAGGAUCACCGAGCUUGAGAAAAGUAAUAAUGCCUUCAAGUCACCCGAGGAUUUCAAGGUGUCCCUCCCUCUUCGUACUAACUACCUGUAUGGACGCAUCAAGAAGAGCCUCCCAGAAAUGUAUGCCUUCACUGUGUGCAUGUGGCUCAUGUCCAGCGCCAGUCCCGGCAUAGGAACCCCUUUCUCUUACGGCGUGCCCGGCCAGGCCAACGAGAUAGUCCUCAUCGAAUGGGGGAACAACCCGAUUGAGCUACUAGUUAAUGACAAGGUGGCCCAGCUCCCUCUGUCAGUGAGUGACGGCCGCUGGCACCACAUCUGCAUCACCUGGACAACCAGAGAUGGUUUCUGGGAGGCUUACCAGGAUGGCGAGCGUCUAGGCACAGGGGACAACCUGGCCCCCUGGCACCCAAUUAAACCUGGAGGGGUGAUCAUCCUGGGCCAGGAGCAGGACAUAGUCGGAGGCCGUUUUGACGCCACGCAGGCUUUUGUGGGCGAGCUGAGCCAGUUCAACAUGUGGGACCGAGUACUGCGGCCUGUGGACAUCAUGGGUCUGGCCAACUGCUCAGCUUACAUGCCGGGCAACGUGGUUCCUUGGAUUGAUGCUAAUGUGGAAGUGUUUGGUGGUGCAAGUAAAGCUGCUCUGGAGAUCUGUGAAGAUCGUGCUUUUGAUUCCUAAAGGAUCUGAUGUGAAGAAAUCCAAUAUCGCCACCGGGAUCGAGGAGCUAUGUAUUUGGACUGUUUGUUGCUUCAGUCAAAUCCCAAAGGAAAGGGUAUCAGUGCAACAUUUUUACGUAUUUAUGCUCUGACUGUGUAGUCGCAAAGACUCAAUGUUUAUUGCACUCAGAUUCACAUGUUGAUGUGUCCAUUCAAUUUGAACCCUGAGGAUGUUACAGGAGACUUUGAAUUAGUCUGCUCAUGUGAAGAAGAUAUGCUGUUGCAUCAGUCUACUGUAAUGAUAUGACAUUCUGUGUUUUCUCUUCAGUAAAUCAGCUUUCAUUUGACUCCUCUUUGAAAACAGAUCUUUUUGGUUGCAUUCCUUAUAUUGACAAUGCUGCACUGUAAUCGUAGUGAAUGUGAGCUCAAACAGGCUUUGAUGUGUUGUGUGGAACACUAUUCCUGAGUUACAUGGUAGAGUACUACAUGCUGUGAGCCCCGUCGCUGUUUAAAGAGCAAUGAGGCACCGAACCAGAAGCGUAAUGAAAUGAGGUGGAUGCUCCUGAGUUCAAACAGAACACUCGCAAAAAUCAACACUAGCUGUUGAUUAUUUUGAGACAUCCCAAUGUGGCAGAAUAUCUAAUAUUAUGCAUGAGCCCGAGCAGUGAAUGGAAGUCAGUUCAGAAGUGGCAGUGCAUGCUUUCUGUCAAUACACAGAGUGUGUGUGGUGCGUCCAAAUAAGCCAAUGCAGUGUGCUGAUAUUACAUAAGUGUGUGUGUGUGUGUGUUUGUGUGUGUGUGUGUGUGUGUGUGUAUGUUCAUGCACGUAUGGCUUGUCUUGCGUGUAAAAAGACCAGAGAUUAUGAGGGAGGGAGGUCAUUUUCAUUCUUGUAAAUCUAUGUUUAAUACCUCUCUGCCCCUUGAGCAGCUGCCAUAUCCCAAACAGCUUUAUGGAUGGGCUGACAGCUGCCCAGGACUGGCGUAUCGACAGAGCUGUGCAGCCGAGUGCCCAGUGAGGGCAGGGACUGGGCUUGACCUUCAAGGACGAUCCUUAAUUCCUCAUCUGGGUAGUAAUUAUCUGUGUUCAUGAAUGAGUGUGGCGGUGAGCAGCCACUGGUUUGCUGGUGUUUCUCACAGCUAAGUGUGUCAUAAUCGAUAAGAUUUUCAGAUGUAGACGGGAUGUCAAAUGAGAGCAGCACUCUAUGGACACUAUGAAUGGACUCUGGUCUUAAUUGCCUCUCAAUGAACAAGAAGAAUAGUUUUGAUCCAUGGAUGUUAUAUAUUUUUAAAAAUGGUGGGAAUCAAUUUUGGCACCGCUUAGUGAAUAACAUUUACGCUUUUUGCAACUUAAUUAAUGUUAGUCCUUAAUGUUGUGGUGGACAUUUGUUUCAAUGCUGUUUGUUUUUGAUAAACAGCAAAAUACUGUUAUAAAGCCUGGUGCUGGAGCCUCAUAAGGAAACAAUGUAAAAGAGGCAACAAAGACAUUAACCUCCAGAGUUUCUUUUUUUUUUCUUAUCCUUAUGGAAUUUCCUUACUGAGUAGACACUAGUACAAAAGCCAUUAAAACACAAUGUCCACGAUCUUAAAAAAUGCAGUUGAAUAUAGAAUAGAAAAAUGCAGAUAUGAUGCAGUAGGUUACUGGACAGCGCAGAUUGUUAUAAAAGUGAGGGUGCACACUCAACAUUAUAAGGACUUGUUGGAUAUGUCACCAACAUGUUGUGAUUGUUCCUCUUUUUGAGUGUUUUUGUUAACAAUCUUUCCAUGUAAAAUCAAGAGGCGUCUUUCCUGUAGAAAUUGUAUUUUUCUUGCUUUUUUUCUGCUCAUGAUUUUUGUCCAUUAGCAGCACAUUAUGUAAAAAAAAGCAGAAGUACUUAUAGAAAUGCUUUGUUUAUAUGGUGAAUGGCCUUUUGUGAGAACCAUAUGUGCUUUUGCCUGUGGACAAUUCAAACUAUAUUUCAGCUUUUAAAGCACUAGCAGCACAGACAAUGAGAGACACAAGAAAAAGAAAAAAGUGUUUGCUAUCAUUGUUUUAAAGUCACCUUUGUGUGCAGUACCCAUUGAAGUUUUUGCCAUGUGGCUGAAUGUCCUUUUGCACCCAAUAAAAGAGUGAACAAGUUCCA